AUGGGUGUCAGUAGCAGCAAACAAAACACGGAUGAUACUGACCGGAUCCUUGUUGCUGGCAGGCCCGCCAUCGACCGUUGUGACAACAUGAUUACAACAGCCAAGUAUACAAUCUGGAGCUUCCUCCCAGUGGCGCUUGGUGAACAAUUUCGACGAUUUGCAAACAUGUAUUUCCUAAUGGUCGGAUGUAUCAUGGCAGUUGGCUACUAUACCGAUCUUUACGAAUCUGCACUGACUCCGUGGACGACACUGGGUCCUCUAGCAUUUGUCAUUUCAGUUAGUUUGCUUGUUCAGGGUUUAGCAGAUGCCAAGAGACACAAGAGUGACAAUGAAACAAAUAACUUUCCUUGUGUGAUUCUUCGCAGAGGGCAAGAUAUCGACAAUGAAACUGGUGCGGAGCGCGAAACAUCAAUUUUGGGUGGCAAGGAUGUUAUCGUAAACCUUUCGAAAUCAUCUGAUACGGUCCCCGGCAAAAAGGUCCAAGCGAAGGUUGGCUUUCAAAAGAUUAGACGGAUGGACAUUCGUCAGGGACACAUUGUUCUGGUUAAGAAUCGCGAAAUGGUCCCUGCCGAUAUGGUUCUCCUUGCAAGUAGUGGCGACAACGGUAGUUCAUACAUUGAGACAAGUUCCAUUGACGGGGAAACGAACUUGAAGCUCCGAACCAGUCCACAUCUUCCUACUAAGCUGUUGGAGCACCUAAGGCGUGGUAAAUCCAUGAAAGAUAUUGCAGAAUCUUCAGAGGAGAAUAUUGAUGUUGGCAUAGAGUCUCUCGAGCAAGCAACUAAGCGAGUUGCCCGUGUCUCCGCCCUUGCCUACCCAAACGGCACAUCAGUAAUGAAGAAUCCUAAUUAUAGACCUGACGAAGUACACGAGGAUGAGCGAGUGGCCAAAAGAAGUUUUUUCGAACGUAUGAGUAUGGGUGUGCACGGUGCAGCUGGACGUGCAAGUAUGGGAUUUCACAACAUGGCAGAUAGAGCGAGUCACACAUUGGACAAUAUGGUACAUGGAUCCGGUGGAAAUGAUGAUACCUUUGAAUUUCUAGAUGAAAGAUAUGUUGCUUCUCUGAAGUCAGAGGCUCCAAAUCCACAUGUCAACACAUUCUCUGGGCUGUUGGUUCUUCCACCGAUUGAAGAUGAUGAUUCUCCCUUUGAAAUUUCUUUGGGUGCAGAAAACAUUCUUCUCCGAGGUGCGGUUGUGCGAAACACUGAAUGGGUUAUUGGUCUUGCUUGCUUCACUGGAACGGACACAAAACUUGUACAGAACUCAUUUGAGACUCCGUCAAAGUUCAGUCAGCUUGAUGUACUGAUGAACAGAACUGUUUUGUUUGUUUUGGUCAUCAUGUUUCUAUGUAUAUCAUACCUUGCUUCAAUGGCAGUGCUUUCGAAUCAAAGGGAGUUCGAUAACAUCUGGUAUGCAGGACUAAAUACUAACGCUACAGCACCCUGGCCCUACCUUCCUGAUCUUGAAGCUCCAGAAUGGACACCAGACACUCAAAAUUGGAUUCAAAUGUUCUUUCUCUACGUUACAUUGCUGAGUAACUUUGUACCCCUGAGUCUUUAUGUUACCGUGGAAAUGUGCAAUUUCUUCCUUUUGUAUCUGGUCUAUGUAGAUGUUGAAAUGUACGAUGAUCGAACUGACACUCGAGCUGUUGCGAGAAGUACCAACAUCACGGAUCUUGGACAGAUCCAAUACAUUUUUUCCGACAAGACCGGAACGCUCACUCAGAACGUCAUGCGAUUCAAACGAUGUUCUGUCGACGGCAUGGUUUUUGGAGCUCCAAUCCAGAAACAGCGUCCUGGGGCCGAAGAAGCGGAAGCAGGGUCUAAAACUGCGUUUCAUCCCCUUCGUAGAUUGUUGGUGGGACAAUCAGUGGGUGAAUCGAACGGGAAAAAAGAUGAUCAAUUUCCCAAUGAAGAGAGAAUGACGUUCAAUUCUGAGAUGUUUUUGCGCGUCCUGAGUUUGUGUCACACAGUGGUCGUCGAGAAAGACCUUGACCUUUCUGAUAACAUUGAUGCCUCCAAAUCUGUGGCAUCUCAUGCAUCGUCGACUUCAAAUACAAAAAGAAAAGGGAAAAAGAUAUUUGGAAAACGUGAUCGAGCUGCAAGCGAGAUGAGUGCCAAUUCUGCCGGUUACGGUUUGGAGAAGGUCACAGAAAACGAAGAAGCAGAAUUUGGUGCGAAUCGAACGAGGGCCCAGAGCACUGGUUCAGCCUCACUAGUUUCUGGGAUACAAACGGGGAAGGAUGGCGCUCCGGCAGGCUUUGCAUAUCAGGCAGAAAGUCCUGACGAGGGAGCGCUUGUUUCUGCUGCAAGCAAAUCGUUCGGUUUUCAAGUCGUGGGUCGCGACUCGUCAGGUAUCAAGAUUAAGUGCUCUCACCCGACAAUCUUCACUGAUGAAAACAUUGUGGACGACAUCAAGAAUGGUUGUUUCAAUCCUGUCAAAUUAGCGUCGGAAUCCUCCUCAAAUCUGGCUCCUGUCAAAGGGAACACUGUAGCGAUAGAUGAGCGCAUACGUGACCCCAGUUCACAGCGUACGGAAACCUGGUCAAUUCUUGCCGUUAACAAGUUUGAUAGUGACCGAAAGAGAAUGUCAAUUGUCCUUCGGGCCCCGGCAGAAUUUGGUGGUUUUUCCAUGGUGCUAUGCAAGGGGGCAGAUUCAGCGAUGCUUGAUCCCAGUGUUGCCAUAGGGGCGGAGAGUCUUGCCAACGAUAGUUCUCGAGAGUCGGCAACAUUGAAUGUCGUCAAUGAGGAUUAUGACACUGGGGAAGAAGCCGAAUGGGUGUUUUCCCAAAUGCUUGGCUUACAGACACAUCUUGGAGAGUUUGCGUCGGAAGGUCUGCGUACCCUUGUCUUAGGUGUUCGUUUCCUUACAGAAAAAGAGUCCACUGAAUGGCUUGAAACCUACAAAGCGGCCGCGACAUCAAUCAAGGAUCGAGAUGCCAAGCUGAAGGAUGCUGCAUUUGAGAUUGAAUGUAGGUUACAUAUCGUAGGUGCAACAGCGAUUGAGGACAAGUUGCAAGAUGGUGUUGGCGAUACGAUUGCCACACUCGAAAACGCUGGAAUCAAAUUGUGGGUUCUCACUGGAGACAAACGAGAGACAGCAAUCGAAAUCGGAUAUUCGUCUCAUGUGCUUACUCCAAAAAUGCAUGUCACGGAAGUGGCAGAUAAAGGCACAUCUUUUGUGAGAGCUCAGUGUGCCAUGGAAUUCAUGCGGCUGGUCAAGUCAGGACAUUUACAGUCGUACCAGCGUUCUGAAGUUGAUCAGUCUGAUGAUGGUUUCACCAUAGCUAAUGCUCUAUUUGCUCUUGGGAAGUGUCGCCGAAGCUUGAGCCGGGCCUACGGCACACAAAUCAUCUAUCUUCGACUUUGUUUCGCCAAAAUUUUGGGCAUGGACUGUUCUGGCUUGGAAGAGGCACUUGAAUUAAUCAAGGGAGAGCAAGGGAAGGAGAAGAGUAUCUUAAAGGAUGUUGUUCGAAGACGACAUGUUCGAGAUCGAGCAGAAAAGACAAUCCAAGACUUUUUGAACUCCCCUGAGGGACAAAUCUACAAGAGGAAGAAAGGGCUUAACGAUACGACUGCAUCAGAUGAAAUGACUGCUGAUAACGUACCCUCUGUGUUCGCACAUGCAAAGUCUGCGAGAGAGGUGCUUGAAAAGAGAAAGAGCGAAGGCAAAUUGUCGGCUCAAGAAGUUAGAAGCUUAUCAAUUGCGCAACUCACAGCACAUGAGAUGGAGGGCGACCAUGAUCCUAAUUUCAUCGACGAAGAUACGCUUUCUCUCACUAGUUUCUUCCCCGUAUCAGGCGGGGAUACCAGCGACUUCGAUAAGCGUCGAAGGACAGUGCUAGAGCGCCUUUUUGCAGUCGAUCGUGAUGUCCGAAAAGGACGUCUUAUCAAACAUCUGAAGAAAGAGAAGAGAGUAGAAGCUCUAUCAUCACCCCAGAACAACAAUGCGGCUGAACCCACAACAGAUGAGACUAGAACAGGUGAUGGUCCCCGUGCCCUCGUUAUUGAAGGAGCUGCGUUGAAGCAUCUACUUGGUGAUCCGGAGUUGGAAGAAUUGAUCUUUGCAAUUGCAAGCAAUUGCGAAGCAGUAAUUGCAUGCCGCGUCAGUCCGAGGCAGAAAGCUCUCCUUGUUAGACUUGUUCGCCAUAACGUAACACCAGAACCAGUCACGUUAGCCAUCGGCGACGGGGCUAAUGACGUUGGUAUGAUUCAGGAGGCCCAUGUUGGUAUUGGUAUUUCUGGAAAAGAGGGAAAACAAGCCGUGAACGCUUCCGACUUCGCUAUUGCGCAAUUCCGAUUCCUUGAGACUCUAAUUCUUAUCCACGGUCGAUGGGAUUUUUUCCGGCAGAGCAUAGUUGUGCUCUUCUCCUUCUACAAGAAUUCUUUGAUGGCUGGUUGCCUUGUGGCGUUCAAUGGCGAGACGCUUUACAGCGGUCAACCACUUUUUGACCAGUGGGUAAUUUCAAGUCUCAAUUUUGUUGCAGGAUUUCCAAUCCUUUUCUAUGGGAUGUUCGAUCGUUGCCUUGACAAGGAUUACAUUCGUCGCAAUCCUGAAGUAUACCAAGCAUCACGCGAAAACGAACUCCUAACGAACCGCGUUUUGCUGCGAUGGAUCAUCCUGACCUUCGUGCAUCUCUUUGCUAUCUACUACGGAACAGUGUACUUAUUGACCAACGGAGGCGGAGUGUCUUCUGCGUUCAAAGGCUUGAUGGUUUUCGAGGACCCUGAUUUCCCAGGAGAUGGCGAAGGUGGUGAUUUGCAAAGUGUCGGAACUGUGACAUAUAGCUGCCUCAUCUUCACUUUGGCUUUGAAAGUUCUCUUCGAAUCGAAGUCGAUUAUUAACGGAGAGUUUCCGCCUUUCACAUGCUCCAAGAAUUCCGGGGAGGGUUUUGCAAGCCGGAUAGCAUACACUUGGCUGGCACAAACAUUCGGCUCGAUCAUAUUCUACUACUUCUUCCUUUUCAUGUAUCAUUUGAUCGGAGCGAAUUCUGGGCCUGGAGAAUUUUCGAACUUCGUUGCUGUUCCUCAUAAAGUCAUGGCACGGCGAUCUGUUAAUUGGCUCAUUAUGUUCAUUGUCCCUGCAUGUGCUAUGGCAUUUGACCUGUUUGGAAAGGUUUUCUCCAACAUGUAUUACCCGACACAAACUCAGAUCCACAUAGAAAUCGAAGCAAAAGAAAGGGCAUUGGCAAAGCAAAAGAACAGUAGACGAUCACGAAGAAAUCGUACUCCACAGAAUGGCGAAAGAAACAACAACGAGACGACCGAACAAAGUGUCCCCGCUUCAGCAUAA